AUGGCCACUGAUGUUGCUAAGGCUAUUCCCGAAGAUUCCGAAUCUAAGCUUACGAAAGAUAAGGAGACCAGUGAUGAAGAUUUGAGUGAAGAGGAUAGACAAUUACGAGAUGAACUGUAUAUGCUCUUACAGCGUCUCGAAGAAACAAAUACGAAGUUAUAUGACCCAGCUUUGGAAAGCCUUAAAACUCUUAUAAAGUCAUCUACUACAUCAAUGACAUCUGUUCCGAAGCCUCUUAAAUUUCUUCGGCCACAAUAUGAACGCAUUAAGGCUGUUUAUGAAAAAAUUGAAAAUGAAAAUACGAAGGCUAGCUGUGCCGAAGUGAUCUCUGUUGUUGGAAUGGUCAUGUAUGAUAAUCCGGAAUUUAAGACGGAUACUUUAAAGUAUCGGUUGCUGAGUAAAAAUGACGAAAUCGGAAUUUGGGGUCAUGAAUACGUCCGUCUCCUCACUAAACAAAUUGUUGAAGUAUGGGAUGAAAUCGAUAUCGGCGAAGCUGACGAGUCUACACAAGCGACUGAGAAACAGAAGGAGGAAUACUUGGAGUUGGUUGAAAAAAUCCUUCCCUAUUUAAUGGAUCAUAAUGCUGAGUCUGAAGCUAUUGAUUUAUGCAUGGAGAUUGAACGCUUAGAAUAUCUCGAAAAGUACACAACGGAGUUAAACUUCCAACGAGUGUGUCUCUACCUUAUCGGUUGUGCGUCUUACAUUCCCGAUCCUGAGAACGCCAAAGUUUAUCGAUGUGCUCAGAGUAUCUACAGGAAAUAUAAGGAUCUCGGUAAUGCCUUGCGUUAUGCUCUUAGGUUAAAUGACGAAGCUUUGGCCCGAUCCAUCUUUAACGAAGCUGCCUCUCUUCCUACAUCUAAGUAUGGCGCAUCUGGUAAUCUUGUUCGCCGACAGUUGGCUUAUCUCCUUGGAAAGCACCAAUUCAUUGUGCCUUAUGAGGAAGUCUUGGUAGAAGAGGACGAGGAUUUAGCAGAGAUGCUGGGAAAUACUCGUCUCUCUGAGCAUUUCUUGUCUUUAGCUAGAGAACUUGAUAUUAUGGAGCCGAAGCUCCCUGAAGAUGUAUAUAAACAACAUUUGGAACCUGUGCGUUUGACAAUGACUGCAAUGAUGGAUUCAGUGCGCACCCAUACAGCGGCAUCAUACGUUAAUGGUUUAGUCAAUUGUGGAUUUGGUCAGGAAAAAAUGAUUCAAGAAGACGUAACAGAUCCUAAUUGGUUAACUCGUCAAAAAGAACUUGGAAAAAUGACUGCUGUUGCUUCACUUGGUUGGGUUAUGUUGUGGGAUGUUGACACCGGUCUCUCCCAAAUCGAUAAGUACCUCUAUGCAGUUGACGAUUAUACUCAAGCCGGUGCUCUUCUAGGUUGUGGUAUUGUCAAUUGUGGUGUGAAAAAUGAGUGUGAUCCAGCUCUCGCUCUUCUUUCCGCUUAUGUGGAACAUCAGACAGAUGUCCUCUCACGAGCAGCUAUUAUCGGUAUCGGUGUGGCAUAUGCUGGUUCCAAUAAAGCGGAAUCUAUCAAUCACCUUCUUCCUGCUAUUCUCGAUUCCUCAUCAAGUCGCCUUCAGCACGCCUGCUUGGCUGCACUCUCAGCAGGUAUGAUUGCUGUUGGUUCUUUAAAUGCAGAAGUUACUUCCACAAUUCUUCAAACCAUGUUGGAAAGGCCUGCUUCUCAUUGGAAUAACACUUUCAGCAAGUUCAUGGCCUUGGGGUUGGCUCUCACUUGUUUGGGAAGACAAGAGGAGGCCGAAGCGAUUUUAGCCUCUCUUGAAGCUGUUACUGAACCAAUGAAAUCUAUGGCACAUAUGAUGUGCGAUGUGUGCGCUUAUGCCUGUAGUGGUAAUGUGCUGAAGAUUCAAAAACUCUUGCACGUUCUUUCCGAAAAAUAUGAGGAGAAGUCAGACAAGGUAGACAAAGCAAAAGCCACAAUGGCCGAAAAAGCGAAGGCCAAAGAUCAUCACCAUCACAAAAAGGAUGCCCGCCGUGGUGGUAGCACUGGUAGCAGUAGUGGUCGUAGAACUCGUAGACAUGCGAAUUCAACUGGAAGCAAAACUUCAGAUUCGCCGUCAGCAGAAGAGCCUAUGCAAGUUGAUGAACAGCCUGCAUCAACGAAUGAAGAUUCAAGCCCACCGGGAUUUGAUUAUCAUGCUCAUCAGGGUUUGGCGGUUCUUGGUGUUGCGAUAAUCGCUAUGGGCGAGGAAGUCGGUCUAGACAUGGCUUUCCGUAUGUUUGGGCAUCUGCUUCGUUUUGGUGAAACACCCAUUAAGAGGAUUGUACCGUUGGCGCUGGCUCUCUGUUAUGUCUCAAACCCCCAGCUCAAAGUUUUAGAUACUUUGAGCAAAUUCAGUCAUGAUUCGGAUGCUGAGUUGUGCUUUAAUUCAAUCUUGGCCAUGGGAAUUGUUGGAGCAGGUACAAAUAACGCUAGAUUGGCUGCUAUGCUUCGCCAAUUGGCAAGCUAUCACUGCCGUGAUCCUUACAACUUGUUUUUGGUUCGUCUUGCCCAAGGAUUGACAUAUUUGGGUAAGGGCACACUCACUCUUUCCCCUUGGCAUUCCGAUCAUGGCCUGUUCCGACCUGUGAGUUUAGCUGGUCUUCUUACGCUCCUCGUAUCAUGCUUGGAAAUGCGUUUGACUUUCAUGGGUCGUAGUGAUUACCUCAUUUUCUACCUGACUCCUGCCAUCCAACCACGUUUGUUGAUGACAUUUGACAAGGAUUUGAAGCCUCUGGCUGUCACGGUUCGUGUUGGACAGGCGGUAGAUGUUGUUGGUCAAGCUGGACGACCGAAAACGAUUACAGGUUUCCAAACCCAUACAACACCCGUUCUCCUUGCCCAUGGAGAACGUGCAGAGCUGGCAACAGAUGAAUAUGUACCAGUUACAAAUCUACCCCUUGAGGGCUUUGUUAUACUUACAAAAAAUCCGUCGUACGAGAAGCCUGCGGUGUAA